AUGGCGCCUGCCAAGGGAGUUGAAGGUGUGUGGGGGGAGCCGACUUCAACACUGGAUUGGUGUGAAGAAAACUACAUUGAAUCCCCGUAUAUUGCAGAACUAUGGAACACGCUGAGCAGUGGUAUUAUAUUUGUCUUACCUAUUUUUACUAUGAUCUCGUUUUUGUAUGGUAAUGUGGAGGUGGAGCGAAGAUUCUACAUGCUGUGCGUUGGCUUCAUGACUGUUGGCCUUGGCUCAUGGUUUUUCCAUAUGACCCUGCUGUACGAGUCUCAGCUAUUUGAUGAACUACCAAUGAUCUGGGGAACGUGCAUCUUGCUGUACAGCUUCUUUGAGACUGACUCCAAACCCAACAGUCCCAACUAUAAGCUGAUGGUAAUUCUACUGCUUUAUGCAGUGUCUGUUACCGGCAUCUACACAUUAACUAAGGAUCCAGUUAUACACCAGGCUGCUUAUGGCGGCCUCGUUUUAAUGACGGUAUGCAGAGGGACCUACUGCUUCUAUUACAGUGAGCAAGAAUUCUCUCCGAGACUUCUACUGUUAUCCAUCUUCCUCUAUUUGUUGGCUUUUCUUCUGUGGAAUAUCGACAACGCUUUCUGUGACCAACUAAAGUACAUGAGAUCUUUCAUUCCGACCCCACUUGAUGUGUUUUUGCAGCUUCAUGCCUACUGGCACAUCUUGGCGGCACUUGGAACGCACUGCCAAAUCAUGUUUAGUUUUCAUGCCCGCUGCAGAUUUCUGAAACAGCACACUGAGAUUUGGAAUAUUGGAUGUCUACCACUUGUAACUGUCAAGCAAAACGGUCAUGUUGACUAAGACAUUCUCCCCUCUAUUCCAUAAUGGUAGUGGUCCAAAGUGUGCAUUAUAUGAGUCGUGUAGACUAUUCCAUUUCAGUAGAAUAGGGUAUACAAAAGAUACCUUGGUGAUUUGUAGAACCUUUUCGUCUCAACUUCUUUCUUGGUAGUUUUUUUCUAAAAGGUGGAUGUAGUUUUCUGAAAUACUUUCAAUAUAACUGUGAAUCUCUGCGUGCCUUUGUAAAAAAAAAAAAAGAUUUACAUUUUUAAUCAAUUGUGCCAUUUUUUUGUUUUCACUGGUUCCCGGUAACUAACUAACUAACCAUCAGUCAUGACUAGUGCCAAGGUAAAUUUUUUGGGGAGUCCUGAGAACCGGAAGAAGUCAGUGUAGAUUUUUUGUUUAUGACUUUUGUGUGCUGUGCAUUCAUUUAAUGAGGUUUAAGUUUAAGAUUUGUUUUAUAUAUUGUAGAGAUUAUGCACUUUAUGAAAUAUGUUUUUGUAGGUUCUUGCAAAUUUCAGACUAAAUUGGGAUUUUUGUUUAAGUCUCCUAUUGCUGCCUGAUCAUUCAAUGCAUUGGUGGGAUUUUAGUUGCAGCAUUUAACAUUUUUGUUCAUAAAUUUUGUGGAGAGUAUGCACUUUAUGAAAUGUGUUUUAUAGGUUUUUGCAAAUUUGAACUCUAGACUUAGCUGGGAUUGGUUGAAAUAUUUCCUCCUGCUCUCUGGUCGUUCAAUAUGAUUUUGAAUGAUAAGGUACUGUGAUGCGAUAAGUAGUGAAUGCAGUUGUACAGUACACAGUCAACCCUCCUACUGUCUGAUCAUUCAUUGUGGAUUGAAUAAUAAAUAAACUACGUACGCCUGCAAUAUAAUGUUUGCUGGUGCAUACACACAGCACACAGUCAACCCUCCUACUGUCUGAUCAUUCAUUGUGGAUUGAAUAAUAAAUAAACUACGUACGCCUGCAAUACAAUGUUUGCUGGUAAAUACAUACAGCACACAGUCAACAACCCUCCUACUGUCUGAUCAUUCAUUGUGGUUUUGAAUAAUAGAUAAACUAUGUCAGCUUGCAAUAUAUGCUGAUUGCAUACACACAGUACACAGUCAACCCUCCUACUGUCUGAUCAUUCAUUGUGGGUUUGAAUGAUAAAUACAUUUUUUGUCUUCAGUACUAAUAUUGAUUACAUAAUCAAUAUGCAAUAUCUGUAAUAAUUGUUUUAUAUAUUUGUUGUCAGUGAUACAAGAUGCCAAAAUCAUGCAAACAUUCUCUGUUUUUAUUUGGAUAAUAGUCUUCAAAUCUUAUAGUUUGUUAUUUAUACGUUUGUAUGCAACUCAAGUCUUAGUACGAAAAACAAAGUGAAAAAUAUUUUGGCAGGGUAUACUUUUGGUAGUUAAUGACCGUUAAACUUGGUAAGCAUAAAGAGUGCUCACUUGAAAGUUGUUGAUACUAUAAAACAAUCAAAAAUGAUCUCUUUUUAAAUAAUGUAGUUUUGGAGAGAAAGAGGUAAUUUAAAC